AUGCACUCCCGUGCCAGUUUAUUCUGCCCGGUCGACAACACCGCACGCCUCUUCAACCACCACCAAACCAGCAAGCCCACGACUAUCAUUAGUAUAAUUCUCACAACGGUCGGCCAGGUUAUUAUAGCAACCAAAUUCUCUCUCCAGCCCGAAUUCGGCCUCCCACAACUAGCAUCGUCAGUACCACGAGCCUCCUCUCGUCCAUGUCUGCAAAGAGAUGAAGAGAAUAAUUCGUCUUACUCAAUCAUUCUCUUAUUGUUUUUAUCGGGUGGUUACAUAUUAGAGCGAUACCUCAAGCACCGACCCAUACCACCACCAGCACCGUGCAUGCAUGGAAUUUCAUCCUCUUCUUCCCAUUCACUCAGUUCUUCUUCUUCCCUCAGGUUAGGCUCAAUCCCUGCUUCCACAGAAUGUCCCGCUGGGAUCCGACUUACCUCCCUCAGCCUUCGAAGGACCAAUAUAGUCCGAAGAAUAGAGUCCCUUUUGGUCUUACUCGGUCCCGACUGGACAAAACAAAUGCAACCUUCUCUCCUCUUUCAGACGGUCGUGGUAAUUCCCACGGGUCUAUCCUGGGCCCCUCCUGACGAGGACAUUCCCUCACCAGGUGCCCCAGCCGACCACAUCCCCAACAUCCCGGUCUGCCAGGAACUGGGCAUGACUCUGUCCAGCUCCUCUGCAGGGUAUGGUUUCCCCAAUGGUGAUCCGUCCCACCGUACCUCCACCGUCCUCCAUCGUUCUGGGGAGGUCCUACAUAUCUUCCAUCACCUGGCCCCCGCGCCCCCACAUUUGCUCCCGAGAGGUUGCCAGCCUUUCGUGCAGCCUGAGGCUCUGUUGUGCUGCAUUGAAUGCCUCCGUCAGAGUGGUUGGGUAUGCCCUGGCUGUGUCCUCUCUCACGAACGGGUUUUCGAUUGCGUCCGUGAAAAACUCAGCCAACUGCAUCUGAAUUACCUCGCCCUCUCGUUGAACUGCGUCCUUAUACGCUAUCUUAGCCAGUCCUAG